AUGGAUGGGCAUAUGAAUGAAGCACUCGGAUCUAGUCACACUAAUAUAUCUCAGAAUGCUAUCUCUUUACUUAAAAAUAUAUAUGCAACUGUUCAAAGUGGAAAUAUUGAGUCUAUAACAGAAAGAGAUGUUGAUAAUAUCAAGUCAUUAAUAAAUGAUCUAAGAUCACUUAAUAAAAUAAGAUGCUGUGCUCGUCAGAUUCUAGAAACCGAGUCUAUUAAAGCAUCUGCUUUGAGGGUUAAGCUUCAGGAGUUUAAAAAGCAAAAGAUCGAAGAAAUAUUCGGUAAGAAUACGUUUAACUCUUAUCAUUUCAGUUCUGAAGACAAAAGAAAUCUUGUAAGAAUGCUGAACGAAAAAGAAUUGAAGAACCUAGAAGAUUCACUGAAUUCCAUCAAAAAUACUUAUGAGGAAAAUGAGCAAGCACUUGAACGACUUACUCGUAUACUGAAAUUAUUAAGACUUCAUGAAUUAAAGUCAACCGAAGAGAAUAGUGUUACACUUGAUACUUUAAAUGAUUGUUUAAAUAAUAAAGCCAAUAAACAAAUAUUUUUAAAUGAAAAAUUUGAAGAAAUUGAAAUGACUGAAUUCAAGACUAAAGAAGUUCAAAAGUUAUUGGAUCAAUUGAAUUCAGAAAUAACAGAAGAACGUAAAAAUGCAGUAAGAAAAGUUAUUAAAUUGGAAGAAGAAACGAGAAAAGUGAAAAAAGCGCUUGAUGUGCAACAUGCAAAAAACAAAAAAUUAGAAAUACCUCAUCAAGAAGUGAGUGAAGCGUUGCGUAGUAAACGAUUUGAAGAAUUCUCAUUAUCAAGCAGUGUUGAUGAUUUGUACAAUCAAAUACAUGAAUCCAAAAUGAAAAAAGCUGCAUUAUUAAAUAAAAUUGAAAAGAAAGAAAUUGAAAUUAAAACAGCUGAAGAUAAACGUCAUUGUGGUAUUUUAGAUGAACAACGUUAUGAAUCUGAAAAGGAGAAACUACGAAUUUGUUUAAAGAAAAAAGAAGCAGAAGUAAUGAAAAUUGAAAAAGAAUAUAUCAAGAAAGCGGAAGAGACAGCUCAACUUCAAGAACAAAUUAAUGAAAUGCUCGAGAAGAUUGAAAAUUUAAAUUUAGCAAAUAAAAACAUAACAGAUAAUUUAAAACAACAAGCUGAAAGUAUGAAAAAUCAAUUGGCUAAUGCAAGGAAAGAGAGAGUUCAAGUACAACGUAAACAACGUAAAAUGCAUAAACAAAUUGGUAGUUUCAAUGAUGAACAAAAUUUAUUUGUACGUAAAUAUCAACGUCGAAUUAAUGAAGCAAAAAGUAAAUUUAAUUUACUUUUGAAACAAAAAACUGAUCUAGAAAAACAAACUGAUAGUAACAAAGAAAAAUUUGCGGAAAUUCAAUCCACUAUGAAAGUUGAAAAAGAACAUCAUGAUCUGGAAAGGAUGCAUACCAUAGAGAAAAUUGUUUCACUUAGUAAAUUAUUAGAUGAAUCCGUUGGAAUGUGUCAACAAAUGGAUAAAACCAUUCAAGAUGAUUUGCCAGUAUUAGAGAAAUUAGACGCAAAAGUAAAAAGAAUUGAAGUUGUUGAAGCGGAAACCAAGUCGUUGCAAGUUGAAAUGAAUCAAGAUAUUCGUUCAUUGGAAACUGAAAUAAAUCGAUUGACCGACACGAAUAAAAAACUUGAUUUUGAUUUAAAGCUAUCACAAAAACAAACUACUACGUUUGAAAUGGAUUAUAUGCAAAAGCUGAUCAAUCAAAUUAAUCUGUUGUAUACAAAUGAGAAAAAUAUUUACACACAUGGUUGUCGGUUGAAAACGGUGGAAAUUGAAAAUGCUCGAAUCAAUGCAGGUAUCAUAAAACAAGAACAAUCUAUACAAAAUGUUUGUUCCAAUUGGGAAAAGAUAAUGCGUUUUAAAUCGAAAUUACGAAAUCGAUAUCAGUCGAUAUCAGAUAUGAUCGCAGCCAAUGAAACUACAGAACAGAAAUUAAUUCAAUCCACCAUUGAUUUUUAUCAUGAUCUUGUCAAUGUUCAAUUGACAAUGAUCGCCAAACAAUGCAUUGAACGUGAUCAAUUAUUGGGUGAAUUUCUACCGGAAUUAAUGCGUAAAUUCAAUGAAAUCCAGCAAUUUUACGCGAUUUCUCCGCUGGCACCGCCGCCAAAUUCCAAGGCCAACAACAUUAAAGCAUUGAAGAACGAUCGCGGUGAAAUGUUUGAAUCAGUGGUUGAUCGGAAAACACACGAACAACAACAACAACAACAACAAAGGAUCAAGGUCACAACUAAUUGAAGCGGAUGAUUUUGACAAGGAGGAGCGGAGAUCAAGUGAAUUUUUGUUCAAAAUCAAUUAUUGCAAAUUGUUUAGCAAUUUUCUAACAUCAUUUUUUAAAAAAUGCGUUUUUGCGGACAAUUACCUAAAUUAUUAUUAUUAUUUUUUAAUUGAAUUAACGAAUACAGGGAUAUUUUUG